AUGGACAAUGCUCGGGAGGGAAAGAUCUCGUCUUUCGAACCAUUAGAGUAUGCGGCUCACGACUUGUCGAAUGUAGCCCUUGGAAGCAAAGAAGCACUACGCGUCAGAGAAAGCCAUGUAGUGGAUGGGCACGGCAGAGUCAUCGGUCUUCGGGGUCUCAACGUCAGCGGUGGAAGCAAAUUGUGAGCAAUGGCAGGAGGCACGUGUAUAUUAUGGACAGAAAGACGACGAUUGACUGACGACACUAGCUGCGUGGACCUCAAUCACAAGGCCAAAACGACCCGAGACAUUCUCGCACAUCUAUAACGAUGAUUUUUGGAAGCAUCGAAGCGUAGACUUUGUUGGCAGGCCUUUCUCGGUAGAAGAUGUGAGCUCAGCUGCUCUUCGUUGCUUAGUCGUACUGCUCAGUACAUUUCACUUCCCAUCUCUCCUCAGGCGCCAACCCAUUUUGCACGUCUUCAGGAGUGGGGCCACCCGCUGAUCCGCUUCCUUGUCACGUGGGAGUCCUUGGCGCAUUCAGGGCCUUUCGAGCUGGACCAUGGCUACAUCGCAUACCUGAAGGAGCUGUUCGAGCUCAUGCCAAAGUAUGGUAUCAAGGCUGUUAUAUGCGCCCACCAGGACGUAUGGAGCAGAUUUAGCGGCGGGAGCGGCGCUCCGGGCUGGGUGAGACUAGAGACUGCGAAUUCACAUUCAUUCAGAGUCUUGCUCACGCUUAAUCGCACCCGGCUGUUCGUAGACUUUUGAAGCGGCUGGACUCGAUAUUCGAGCCUUCAAGGAAACUGGUGCAGCCUACGUUCACAGCGUGGCUAGCGCAGGGGCGCCUGACAAGAGCAAGGCGACAAAUUCCGAAUUUCUUAGUUCUUCUGAGAGCAAGGAAGUCAGCGGACCCUUUGUCUGGCCCUCGUACGUGAUGAGAGUGAUUGCGGGUGACGCUACCACGGCUCGCUCACUCCUGCCUUCACUGCUAACAGUGGCUAUCAAAAGCUCGCAGCAUCCACGAUGGCGACGCUUUUCUGGGCUGGCGACGUCUUCGCCUGGCAACUACAAGUCUCGCCGGAGGCUUUCAGCUCCACACCCUCUUCUCCUUCCGCAAGGCCUCAAGGUCUACUUCCUACACAAGGCGAAGUGUCGAUUCAAACCCUCCUCCAGGCUUCCUAUCUUCAUGCGUUCGGCACCCUUGCAGAUACAAUCGGGGACUUGGAAGCAUGCCUCGGGUUCGAGCCAAUGAACGAGCCGCAUCGUGGUCUGAUAGGGCUGCACUCUUGGGGCAACUGGAAGUAUGAGACAGACCUACACAUAGGACACUUUCCUAAUGCCCUCCAGUCCUUUGCUUUGGGAGCUGGCCAUGCGCAAAUCGUUCCUUAUUAUGUCAAGAGUUGGCCGUUUCCCACUCGGGUGAGCCACAAGAGCCUGCUGGAUCCCAAAGGCAAAACGGCCUGGCUGAAGGACAGCUCCGGACGGAGCUUCAAGCAGGGUGCAGCCGCAACGCCCUCGCCGGGGGAUGCUAGGUGUCUUUGGGCGCGACAUGGAGCAUGGGCAUGGGACAGAGAACGCAGUAAAGCUAUCGUGCUUCGAGAGGAUUUCUUCACCAAGGAUCCACGCCCGCAAACGGACCACGGAAAGGUGGAGUGGUACCGCGAUUGUUGGGCUCCCUUCGUGACUACAUACGCGCAGAGGUGAGCAGCUUCCCGACUUCUUUCGGUCUGCUUUCCGAUCGUCGCUCACCCAUCAAGCCCACUCUCUGGAUCUAGGAUACGGCAAAAGCACGCCAACCUACUGCUUCUGUCCGAGCCGAUACCGAAUGAAUACCAUCCGCUUUGGCCGAGCGCCACCUUGAGUCAUUCAGACCGCGAGAACCUCGGCUCGCUGGCAUUGAAGCAGGACUAUGCCACGAAGACGAUCAUCAACGUGCCAAGACCUGAAGGAUUCGUCUUUGCGCCGCAUUUCUACGACCUCAAUGUGCUGUUCUCGAAGGUGCAUUCUUUCUACUCGGUCAAUGUGCAAGGUGCUAGCAGAGGCAUGUUCAUCCUCAAAGCUUUGUACUUUGGUGCAGAAGGCUUGCGCAAGAAUUACGAAAUUCAGCUCAAGAAUAUUGCAGAGCAUGCGUUCCUAUCAUUAGGCAAAGUGCCAGUCAUGAUUGGCGAAGUAGGCAUGCCAUUCGACGUCAAUCAUAGGCUGGCGCUGACGACUGGAGACUACUCGGUUCAGUCAGAUUUGAUGGACGCUCUGAUCGGAGCGAUGGAAAAGAAUCUACUUGGCUAUACUUUGUGGAACUACAACCCAGAUAAUACCGUCGAGCACGGAGAUAAUUGGCUUUCUGAAGACUUUUCCGUCUUCUGCGAUGAAGACAAAGCAAGGGACAAGGAGAACUACCUCUCGGCGAAGCCAUUGUACAAGGGCGGUAGAGCUCUCAAUGCCAUCUUGGUAAGUGUAAAAGCUCUCACGCAAGUGAAAAGGGAAGCACCGGCCCCGCUAAUUCGUGACGUGGUCUUCAAUCGCAACAGCGUCCAUAUGCAGCCAAGACAGCAGGUAUUCCACUCUCUUCAGAGUGGGACUCAAGCAAAUUGAUCUUCAAGUUCAGGUGGAAGAAUCAUCCGGACCUAAUCAGUGCAAAUUCGGAGAUGGCACGCACCAGCGAAUUCUACCUACCACGCUACUGGUUCGAGGGAACUGAAUUCGCUGUCAAGCUCACAGAUGGAAGUUGGGUGUACGACAGCUCGAAACAAUCACUCUACGUCAGGCACGCCAACGACGAGCUUGGAGUUGCCCACGUUCUCAUCGUUCAAGCACUGCCUGGCCAGAAGCCGAGAGCGACUUUUCCCCGUCCUAGUGGUAUGAGCAUACAGGACUGGACAGUCAUCGUCAGCGUCGUCUUGGCGCUGCUCGUUGCUCUUUACAUCGGCGACAGGGUGUAUGUAUACGGCCUAGAAAAGGCCAAGAUGCAUCCAGAAUUGUAA